AUGGUUUUUAAAUUUUUAGGGGCUUGUAUAGUUGUCUCCGCCAAUUUUGGUAUCAUUCGACUGCCGAGCUCUUUCGAUUUACUUAUAAAUUGUCCGAAUAUAAAAUCGCCCGGUGAAUUUGCCAAAUUUCCAUUUCUUUUUGGUGGAUGGCCGUUGUCUGCUUAUAUUUAUUACUUAACUUGGAGGAAUUUUAGCAUAAUAUUUUUAGAAUACAGAUUUUAUGCAAUUCUUUAUUUGGGAAUAUUUACAAUUAUUUCCCUUGCUGUUUGCUAUAGAAUGGGUCCUCCAGAAGAUGAACGUUCUUUAAAUUUAAUGGAAUGGACUUUACAAAUAAUUUCUUUGGCUAUAAUUUAUUUUUUUAAUCAGGUACAAGAAGUUGCAUAUGCCUUAAUAUUUUUUGUAAUUUUUAUAUCCAUUUGGAGGAGAAAUGCUGACAAAAUAUUUCAAUUUUCUAGAAGAAAUUGGAACAAAUUAAGAGAAUUUUUAUUUGGCCCACAGCCACGAAAACUUCUCUCCGAAGAGGAAUAUUUGGAAGAGUCAAGAAUUUUUACAAGAAUGGAAUUGGAAAAUUUACGGCAAUUUUGUAAUUCACAAAAUUCAAAGACUAAUUGGCAACUUGUUUCACGUCUUAAAAGACCAAACAGAAUGGCGAGUUUUAUAACGGGCGAUAGUGAUCAUGUUUCAGCAAUGGAAUUUAGUUAUCAUUCAGAAAUUUAUUGUCAAAAUGAAGGGAGUGAUGAAGAAAAUUCAUAUUUGGAAGAAGGAUUUAUUACUGACGAUGAUUAA